CAUGGGGGGCAGGACAGAAGAGAAGGCAGAGACACCCACAGAGAGGCAGCCCUCCCAGAUCCCAGCUCACAAGCACUCAGUCCAGGGGAUUAAAAGAGAACUUUAUUGGGGGUUGCGGGAGGAGAAGCAGGGAAACUAGAAUAAACUUGGGAAAGCAAGUGAUUAAUUACCAAUACCUAUUAGAUAAGAUUUCCACCCCACCCCUUUGGUGUCUUACUCGUCCACAUCUCAGUCCUCCUCUGGCAGAUGUGAGUGGCUUCCCUCCCCAGCUCUCUGUGUUGCAGUUUGUUGUCCAGAGAUGGAGGAAUCCAACAAUUCCGUCAGAUUUGGCUUCCUGCCAGUGGCUUUCGUGUUCCUCUUAUAACCCCUUGGCCCCAGCAUCCUGCUGAGGAUUCUGUCCCCAUCUGGACCGCCCUGAGGCUCUUCCACACCAGCCUGUGGGAGCAGAGCAGCUGCAGGAAUGGCAGCCUCUUGCCGUCUCAAGCCCUUGAGCCGUGUGGCCGUGAGUGGGGGCACCCAUGGCAACGAGAUGUCGGGCGUCUACCUGGCCAAGCACUGGCUGCGGGACCCCAUGGAGCUGCGGCGUGACAGCUUUGCCGUCACGCCCUUCCUGGGCAACCCGUGUGCCAUUGAGAAGUGUGUGCGGUAUGUGGGGCGGGAUCUGAACCGCACCUUCACCACCGAGUUCCUCAGCUCCGCAGAGGCAGAGGACGAGCCCUACGAGGUGGUCCGGGCCCGCAAGAUCAACCAGACCUACGGCCCCAAGGGCUCAGCCCAGGCCUUUGACUUCAUGUUUGACCUGCACAACACCACAGCCAACAUGGGCGCCUGCCUUAUCGUGGACUCAGAGGAGAGCCUGCUGCCCAUGCACAUGUGCCACUACAUCCAGACGCACUACACACGGAGCCCCUGUCCCAUCUACCUGUACAAGUUGCCAGGCGAGGAGACUUACUCUAUCAACUCGGUGGCCAAAGCCGGGCUAGCGCUGGAGCUGGGGCCACAGCCCCAGAGGGUGGUGAGAGCUGACCUGUUUGCUCAGAUGAGAGCCCUCAUGGCCUGCGCACUGGACUUCAUUGAACUCUUUAACAAGGGCACAGUGUUCCCUGCCUUUGAGAUUGAAGCCUACAAGAUCACCGGGCUCAUGGACUAUCCCCGCUACCCUGAUGGGGAGAUCUCAGCCAUGGUGCAUCCCAAGCUGCAGGAUAAGGAUUUCCUCCCCUUGAAUCCCGGGGACCCAAUCUUCCAGACCUUCAGUGGGGAGGAGAUCCUGUACAAGGGCAACACCACCAUCUACCCGGCCUUCAUCAACGAGGCUGCCUAUUAUGAGAAGAAGGUGGCCUUUGCCAAGAUGGAGAAGCACACAUUCUCCAUCCCUGGCCUGCAGCGAGAAUGAGCCAGGUGGGGCAUGGGCUAAGAGGGAAUAAACAGAGUCUGAAUGGA